UCUAUUCUUCCUUCCUUUCUUUUUUGCUAUUAUAAACAAUGACAUCAUGACUAUCAGUGCAGCUAAAUUUUUGUCCACAUUCUUGAGUAUUUCCUUAGGAUAAAUUCAAAGAAAACAAAAGCACUGCAUCAAACCUAUUUACGUUACAAAGGUUUUGGUAAUAUUGCCAAAUCCUUCACAUGUUUUUCCAGAAUUAGGCAUGUCCCACCUCCCACCCCCUGCCUGCAAGAGUAGGUGUCAGGAUCGAGAGCUGCCAGCUUUUACCCUCCUACCAUGCAGAAGACACAAUUCACAACCUUGAUGCAUGCGAGUGCUUCCUUCCCCCUGCUCACACCUGACCUGCGUCCCCUGCGCCCCUCCCGGAGCCUGCCUGGAUCCCAGAGCUUCAGGUCCUCUCCCCUGAGCCCUGUAUUGGUCUCUUUCUGUCCGUUUUCAUCAUUUAUUCCACUUACUGUAAAAUUCAAUACUACAUAGUAUUGUUGCUACAUAAUUUCUCCCACUGCAUUGUAAGAAUAAUUACUGUGUGGAAAAAAGAAAGGUGAAAUUAUUCUACCUGAAUCCCAUUCUUUACUGAGUAUCUGCUCAUGGCAGACAGAGAACCAGCAGGCUCUUACUGAUCCAUUUUCUUAUUGUUUCAGCUGUGGUAAGGAACCACUGGCCAGAAAGUAGCACCAAACCCCACAUAGAAAACAUUACCAUUGAUCAGAACCAAAUGGACUUUUCAACGGUGGUCUCCAAGGAGGGCGUGAUGACUCAGACCCCCAGAAAGAGCCACACUUCUUCAGAUGCUCCAGAAAACUUCAUUCCACAAACUGAAGCAGCAGAUGCUAGAGGAAGAAAUGACUCUUCCAGGAAAACAAAUUUCACCAUUUCCCCUGUUGGGUCUGACACAGCAACAGCUCUGACUUCCCAGAGCCUCACCAGAGUAUUGGGGACACUUCGCUUGCCAUCCAGUUCAGGGUCAGAAGGAAGAACUGCCCCUUCUCACACUGAGAGCGGAACGACCCAGGGGUCCCUGGCAAGAGGAAAGGGGCUCCCCGAAGACGUGACCGUGCACACCCAACUGGCUGCCACUUGGGUUUUCAGCCAGGCCCCUCUUCCUGCUUUAGAGAUGGAAGAGGAGACCACGCUCUCUAGGAAGAGAAAUUUUUCAGGACCAGCGCUCUCCAGGACACCGGCUCACUCCCCUCCCUCAGACCACCCCGGAUCUUCUGGAAGCACUGAGAUGCUUAACAACUCCACUACUCUCCGAAGCACCUUGCUGAAUGGGACACAGAGUGUGCGUGUUACCACCACGCUCCCCAGUGGUGUCCCAGGGAUGCUCCAGUCUUUAACCGGCAGUCCACGACCUCUAAAUGAGACGGAGCAUUCCCCCAAGGACUCAGAAAUUGCCAUGACUUCAGUAUCAGCCCGUUCUUCACCCUUUGAGGCAGAGCUGAGAAGAGGCAGUGGAGUAAUCAGGAAUCCAGGGGAUGGGGAAUUCACUGAGCCAUCCACAGAAAAUGGAUUUGGCCUCACAUCUUCUGGGGUCUCAGUGGAAUUCUGGCAAAAUGAUUCCCCAACCUUGGGAGGAGAGCAGCUUGCCAGCAGCUCAGACGCAGAGGAUGGAAGUCCCAUGUCUCAAACUGAGACUGUGUCUAGGUCAGUCCUGUCGGGCAGAAGUGGAGCCAGCACAGCACGCUGGUUCUUGACCAAUAGCAAGACAUUCGCAGAUGCGACAGGAAGCUCCACUUCCUAUCCUGAAGUUGUGAACGCCUCAGUGCUGACCCGGUUCUCAGCCUCUGUGUCCCAGUCUAGAGGAAGUGACGCAGCACUGGGCGACAGGAGCUACUCUGAGCCGGCCACCAAGUCUUUGUCCUCAUCCUCCUCAGAAAGCCUGGAUUCCUCAGCAGCACGUGCCACUGAGGAGGGUCCUGAGCCUGGAGGAAGUUCUGCCGCGCAGGAGGGGACUGCCGAGGCUCCCCACCCGCACACUGCAGCUACUUUCCCGGGGACUGCAGAGCGCACGUCACGGUCUCUCACCAACACGAGCACAAGUUCUGCAGAAGUGGGGCACUCUGUGGUGCCCAGAGAAACCGAGAGUGCCACCCAGCACGGGAACGUGACGGUGACUGCUGACGCCCACCUGGUCUCCGGUUCCCUGGCGGCCUCACCAGCCCUGGGAGUCACUGGAAUUAGCUACAGUCAAGUGAGUGGCACGGACUUUGAACAGAAGGCUUCCAGCGACUACGCAGACCACACCUAUGUCUCGUCUACUUUUACCAAAGGAGAACGGGCAUUGCUGUCCAUUGUAGACAACAGUUCAACCCCGGACAUAAGGGAGAGUUCGACCUCUUCUGCUAAGAUCUCAAACUCUUCACAUUCAGACUAUUCUUCCUCUUCUCAGGCUCAGACUGAAAGAAGUAAUGUGUCAUCCUAUGAAGGGGAGUACGCCCAGCCUUCCACCGAGUCCCUGGCUCUGCGCACAGCCAACCUUCCGUCCUACACAUCCACCAUUAACAUGCCAAACACGUUGGUUCUUCUGGACGCUGAUGCUGGAUCGACUGGCAACUCUUCUUCCUCUUCUUCUCCUCCUCCUCCUCCUUCUUCUUCUUCUUUUUCUUCUUCUUCUUCUUCUUCUUCUUCUUCUUCUUCUUCUUCUUCGGGACCCCCUUUGCCCCUGCCCUCAGUAUCCCAGUCCCACCAGUCAUUCUCCUCAAUCUUACCAUCAACCGGGGCCUCUACUCUUCCACUGCAGUCCACUCCCCAUGCACCCACACCUGUGUCUUCCUCACCAGCGUCCCUGACAGCAUCUACCCCUGCCUCGCCGUCCACCUCCCAAACAACGCUGGCACCUUCACCUUCUACUCUGGUCCUGCCUGUGACUCCAGUUCAGACAGCGACAAUGGCAUUGUCUAUGGCAAUGCUCCCCAGUAGUCAAACAGCAAAUCCUAAGAACCAGAGUAACCCAUACCAUGAGAAAGUCAUUACAGAGUCAAAGCCACCGAGCCUGGAGUCUCUGCCCACAGAGGCCACCGAAGCUGUAACAAUGAGGUCUACCUCAGGGAUCCCUAUGCCCUUGGCCUUAACAGAGUCCUCCACUGAGCAAACCCUUCCAGCCGUAAGCACCAGCAUAGCCCGAAUGUCUCCAGCUUUGACAACCACCAUUCUUGAGACCUCUCAUCCCCCCAGCUCUGCGUCAACCACAGCAGCCCUGAUGGCUGACCCCACAACAGUACAGACUACGGCUGGAAAGCAGCUCUUGCCAACCAGCCCUGAAAUUCCAGUACCACGAAUCUCAACAGAAAGUGCUGUCACCACAGAAAGGAGCCAAGCCCACGUAGAUGCUACCACCCAGUUGGUGCCCCUGACCAGUGUACCCACGUCGGCGAAAGGACCAACCACGGGGCUCGGUGUGACGGAAGAGAACAGCCCGGCUUCACACUUCCUCGGAACAUCUCCUUCUCCCCAGACCGUAGGCGUUUCCACAGACCAAGUACUGACUCCUAGAUCUACUACCUUCGCUGCUCGGGGCAGCACACUGUCACCGACAGCACUGUCAUCGGCAGCUCCAGUUAACAGCUGUGCCACUAACCCUUGUCUUCAUGAUGGGAAAUGCUCUGUGGACUCCAGCAGCCGUGGGUAUCGAUGCAUGUGCUCACCUUCCUGGCAAGGGGAUGACUGCAGUAUGGAUGUGAAUGAAUGCCUCUUGAACCCCUGCCCACCCCUGGCCAUGUGCAACAAUACUCAGGGAUCCUAUACCUGCAAAUGCCCGGUUGGGUACCAGUUGGAAAAAGGAAUAUGCAACCUGGUUAGGACCUUCGUGACAGAGUUUAAAUUAAAGAAAACGUUUCUCAAUACCACCACGGAGAAACACUCAGACCUACGUGAAGUUGAAAAUGAGAUCACCAGAACAUUAAAUGUGUGUUUUUCAAUGUUUCCUGGUUAUACCCGAUCCACAGUUCAUGCUUCUAGGGAGUCCAGUGCAGUGGUCAUGUCCCUGCAAACCACGUUCUCCUUGGCCUCCAAUGUGACACUGUUUGACCUGGCUGACGGGAUGCAGAAAUGUGUCAACUCCUGUAGGUCCUCUGCUGAGGUCUGCCAGCUCUUGGGAUCUCAGAGGCGGAUCUUCAGAGGUAAGAGAAUGGCCCUCUGGGAGAACUCCACCUAUACAGUUAGGCACAGACCUAGGAUAGAUAUGUAAGGCACUCGGGGCUCAGAUUCAAGAAGUUCGUCACAGAGCCAGUCUAUCUUUGAAAUGGGUGCUGGGGCUCCUGGGUAGCUCAGUUUGCUAAGGGUCUGACUUUGGUGCAGGUCAUGAUCUCACAGUUCAUGGGUUUGAGCCCUGCAUCAGGCUCCCCGCUGACAGUGUGGAGCCUGCUUGGGGUUCUCACUCUGUCUUCCUCUGCCCCUUUCCUGCUCGCACUUUCUCUCUCUCUCUCAAAAAUAAAUAAAAACUUAAAAAAAGAAAUGGGUGUUAAGCGAAAGGCCUUUGUGUGUCUGUAUCUUUGUACAUGUGUGCGUGCACACACGCAUAGCUUUGAAGUCACCGGGUCCUUGGCAUGUUGCCUCUUUUUUGUCUCCUCUUCUUCACUGGUGUAUAAGAGAUGAUGGGAUACAGGAGCUGAUGCGAUGAAAUCAUUCCUCUUUACCUUAAAAAGUUCCAGCUCUCUCUGAGGGAAACAGAAAUUCCUGCACAGAAUAUACAUGCUUAUCAAUACCCCAAACCUUCAUCGUGAUAGUCCACUAAGUAAAAAA